UAGAGCACAGAACGCGCUAAAACGGUAUUCCGGUCUUCAGGAGGGGGGCAGCAGCAGCAUGGCAUCUGACGGCAGCAUGGCGAACGUUAACGGCCAAAAGACCGUGUCCCUGAACGGGGAGCCGGUGAUGAAGCGGCCGCGGGAGAGCGUCGCCCAGGACUCGUCGCUCCGCAUCCCGAAGGAGCCGCAGAACAAAGUGACGGUGGUCCUCGGAGCUCAGUGGGGGGAUGAGGGCAAAGGAAAAGUUGUGGACUUGCUGGCAAUGGAUGCGGAUAUUGUAUGCAGGUGCCAGGGAGGCAACAAUGCAGGUCACACGGUGGUGGUGGACUCUGUGGAGUAUGACUUCCACCUGCUGCCCAGCGGGGUCCUCAACAAGAAGGCUGUCUCCUUCAUCGGCAACGGAGUGGUGAUACACCUACCAGGUUUAUUUGAGGAGGCUGAAAAAAACCUGCGUAAAGGCAAAGGUUUACAAGGAUGGGAAGAGAGAUUAAAGAUUUCUGAUCGUGCCCACAUCGUGUUCAACUUCCAUCAAGCUGUUGAUGGAAUCCAGGAGCAGCAGCGGCAGCAGCAAGAAGGGAAAAAUUUGGGAACCACAAAAAAGGGCAUCGGUCCAGCCUAUUCCUCAAAGGCUGCUCGAAACGGUCUGCGAGUCUGUGACCUCGUCUCAGAUUUUAAGGUUUUUGAGGACAAGUUUCGUAUGCUGGCGGAACAUUUCCUGACCAUGUAUCCGAACCUUAACGUUGACAUCGACAGUGAACUGGAGCAGCUGAAGGCCUACGCUGAGAGGCUGCGUCCUCUGGUGACUGACGGUGUGUAUUUCAUGCACAAAGCUCUUACUGGACCUAGUAAGAAAAUCCUGGUGGAAGGAGCCAAUGCUGCCCUGCUGGAUAUUGACUUUGGGACCUAUCCUUUCGUGACGUCUUCCAACUGCACCGUGGGAGGUGUGUGCACCGGGCUUGGCGUGCCUCCGUCUUAUGUUGGCCGAGUGUACGGAGUCGUCAAAGGGUACACCACACGGGUGGGCGUUGGUGCUUUCCCCACAGAGCAGGAUAACGAGAUUGGGGAGCUGCUACAGUCCAAAGGGAGAGAGUUUGGUGUGACGACAGGCAGAAAAAGGCGCUGUGGUUGGCUGGAUCUGAUUCUGGUCAGAUAUGCCCACAUGGUCAAUGGCUUCUCAGCAAUUGCUCUGACCAAGCUGGACAUUUUGGACACACUGCCUGAGAUUAAAGUGGGCGUGGCCUACAACGUUGAUGGACAACCUCUACCAAGUUUUCCAGCAAACAUGGAUGUUUUGAUGCGGGUUAAAGUGGAGUACAAGACGUUUCCCGGCUGGUGCUGCAGCACUGAAGCAGCUCGGAGCUUCGAGGAGCUGCCAUCACAGGCACAGAAUUACAUUCGGUUCAUCGAGGACUUCCUGCAAGUGCCAGUGAAGUGGGUGGGAGUCGGCAAGUCCAGAGAAAGCAUGAUCAAACUGUUUUGAUCCCUCUGCAGUUUCCACAUCUUCAACGACAGCUCGGAUAAUAACUUCAGGUUUUCAGAGGAGUUUAAAAUGCAAACCCUGUUUAAAAGGAAAUACUUCACCAGCAAGGCUACUACUUGCGAAAUCUUUAGAAUAGAAUAGAAAGCCUUUAUUCUCAUUGUACACAGGUAUACUACAAAAUUGUGAGAAACUGGAGAGCUGUGAGCAGCUGCACCCGUGCGCGCCGCCAUCUUGCUGCUUUAGUCGCUGCUUGUGCAUCACAUUUACAAUGAUUCCUCCCAAACGUAAUUUAUGCAUUCCACAUAUUUUUUCCAUGUUUAUUAGGGUGUCAAUUUUAAUAUCUGGUACAAAUGAAAUUCUUUUUUUCAUUCCGUAGUAACGUACCGUUUAUUUUUUAGCAUUUGAAACUAAUUUACUGUAACUGACAUCUGUUCACCAUGCAGUUAUUUUUUUACAUGUAUUUGAAGAGCCAGUGAUGAACAGAUGUAGAAGCCUUGGUGUUAAAAGGACAUUACAGUUAAACAGAUUAGUUUUAGGCUUGGCAGUGCGAUGGAAUUUAGUUGAAAGCCAUCAUGCGGUCAGUGUGAUUGCAAACUUUUCUAUUGAACAAUUUUAAACCACUUUAAAAAAUACAUGUCAGCUGUUAUGUUUGUAAAAAAAAAAGAAUAUUUUCAUGAUGGCUGUUGGAAUGAACAUAGUGCUUUAAAAAAAAGGAUGAAUUAGUGCUUGCCAUCUUGAGUUGAAAAAGAAUUUCUGACCUCCACACAGACAUUGCUUGUUAAAACAUUUUUGUGUAAAUGCAUAGAAAACAGUGGAUAGUAAUGUACAGAGUACAUAACAACGUUUUUCCUACAUCAUUACAUUCAUCAUGCAAUAAUGUAAAAGACUCUUACUCGGCUUGCUGUUGUCAAUAAACAAAAACCGUAAUGUUAA